GUUAAUGAUUUUGUCCUCGCUGCCCAAGCUUGUUUGCCUAUUAUCAGCGGCAUGCUCACUGCCAUCAAGAACAAAACUCACCCAACAAACUGCUUUCUGAAUAUCGAUUUGCCUACUGAUAUUGCUAACCAUAAGGGAUACAAGCUAACUAGACAAGGAAAAAGCUUGGGUAAAAUGGGAUGGAGAAAAGUGGAGGAGGAAGCACAAGGUGCUAAGAUGUUGUCAACAAUGUCAAUGGAAACUGAUUCAGGAGUAGUCUCAGACAACAACGACACAUCUGCUCAUCAUUCAAAAAACGAUAGCCAGACUAUCCAUAGUAGUUAA